AUGGGUAGAUGGGGUGGUCGAUUGUAUAAGACCGAUCGAGCUCGGGACUUCGACCAUGAACAGGAUCGCAACAUCCGCAGGCGCCAGAUCUACGAAACGAUUGACCGGCAAGGUUUCCAAUGGGUUGUUGUAUUGGUUGCAGGUGUGGGAUUCUUUCUCGAUGGCUACACCCUAUUCGCGAGUAAUAUCGCUCUUCCCAUGAUCGCAUAUGCCUUUUGGACCGAAGAAGUCUCUUCGCUGAAUCUCACAUACAUCAACAUCGCAACCCUGACUGGUACGCUGCUCGGCCAGCUUGCCUUUGGUUUCCUGGCCGAUAAGAAUGGACGAAAGAAGAUGUAUGGUAUCGAGUUGGUGCUCCUCAUCGGAUCUACGCUUGGUGUCGUUAUGUGCUCGACUGGAACACAUGGUAGUAUGAGCGUACUCGCUUGGCUGAUUUGGUGGAGAACCUUGGUCGGUAUUGGCGUAGGAGGCGAUUACCCUCUCAGUGCCGUGAUCACCUCAGAAUUCGCACCAGCAAAGCAUAGAGCAAAAAUGCUCGCUACGGUCUUUUUUAUGCAGCCCCUUGGGCAGGUUUCGGGCAACGUCGUUUCCCUCAUUGUCGUCGUUGCAAGCAAGCGACAAGGUGACGCUGACCUGGUUCGCACCGUUGACAUCAUGUGGCGAUGGGUCGUUGGCAUCGGUGUUGUACCUGGCGUUGUCGCGCUUGUCUUUCGGCUUGCCAUCCCUGAAACACCCCGUUUCCUCAUUGAUAUCGAAGACAACCCAAUCAAAGCCGAAUUUGAUGCGAACAAUCUCUGGGGUGACUCAUCAAUAAGCAGCGAGCUCGCCGACGGAACACGGCGCGAUACGAUCCAUAUCUCUACCACAUCCGAUGCCAACCGAUCGAAUGACGAGGAUAUAGCAACAUCCUCUGUGACAGAAUGGGGUUGCAUGGAUGACCCUCCCACAACGCUGAACUCCAAUUGGACUCUCUCGAAAGCUGACAUUGUGCAAUACUUCUGGCACGAAGGAAAUUGGCGUACGCUUGCUGGCACAUCCCUGACCUGGCUAUUGUUAGAUUUUGGCUUCUACGGUAUUGGGCUCUCUAACCCUCACUUUCUGGCGAAAACAUGGGGUUCACUGAACAUUAGCGGUCCGACUCCUCCAUGGAAGACGGACAACAGCCCAGAUGCAAACAUCUACGAUAUGUUCCUUAACACUUCUGUGCAUGCACUUAUUAUACUGAAUAUUGGCUCCGUGGUUGGAGGCUUGUUGAUGAUUUUCUUUGCAAACAGGUUGAAUAGAGUCAGCCUGCAGAAAUAUGGGUUCCUCGCUCUUGCUGCACUCUUCAUUGGGCUUGGGACUAUGUUUAUCACCGUGUAUAAGGAAGGUCCAGUCGCAAUUGCCCUCUACGUCCUUGGUCAGCUGAUUUUUAAUUUUGGACCAAAUGGAACAACCUAUAUCAUUCCCGCCGAAGUCUUCCCAACUCGCUACCGUGGCACCUGUCAUGGCAUCAGUGCAGCCGCCGGAAAGCUUGGCUCUAUCCUCGUCCAACUCUUCUCUGCAUACUACAAGUUCGGUUCUUCUACACCGGGCAAUGCCCAAACACGACGCUACGGUAUCAUCCUGAUCGUGUUUAGCAUCGCCAUGAUACUAGGGGCUGUGGUCACGCAUUUCUGGGUUCCUAACGUACAGGUGAAAGUAGAUGGCAAACCACGUAAGAUUUUGGGUGGCAACACCAAGACACUUACGUUGGAAGUUCUUGGGAAGGGUCGGUCUGGACCAAGAAGUUUCCCGGUGGCGAUGAGGCAGAGGCCGCCAAAAACACUGCUUAUCUUGUUCUCCAUCUGCUUGUACUAUGCCAGUGUUGGGGUUUAUCGCUUGUAUCUCAGUCCUAUCGCCAAAUUUCCAGGUCCCAGACUAGCAGCAUUGACGUACUGGUAUGAGAUCUAUCACAAUGUCGCUAGACGUGGCCAGUUCAUCUUUGAGGUCGCCAAGAUGCAUGAGAAAUAUGGUCCUAUCGUGAGAAUCACACCCCAUGAGCUACACAUUAAGGACAAAGACUAUUACGACGAAGUCUAUCCCGGUUCCCAAAAGCCGACAGACAAGGAUCCUGCCGCUGCAGGUGCCUUUGGCAGGCUGGAGGGAUUUUACGAAUCAAAAACCCCGAUUGAUCUCCGUGUAGCGUUUUCUGCGUUAACGAUUGAUGUUAUCUCCAAGUACAGCUAUGGUGAAUCAUACAAUACCCUCGGAAAACCAGAUAUGGACCCAGAUAAUUAUGGAAACAUUUUGUCCACUGGCGAGCUUACACAUCUGUUGAAGCACUUUCCUUGGAUAGUGACGAUUGCAAAACUCUUACCGCACUGGGUAGCAAUCGAAGUACAAGACAAGGAAAAAGGCUACAAGAAAAAAAAUGAUUCACCAACCAUCUUUCACGAACUAGUGAACAGCGACCUGCCCGCCGAGGAGAAGUCAAUAACACGUCUGACGGACGAAGGCAUGACUCUCAUCGGAGCAGGAACCGCUACGACAGCCCAUGUCCUCAGCACCACGUCCUACCACAUCCUCAGCAAUCCCCACAUCCUCCAGCGUCUACAAAAAGAGCUUCAAGAAGCUGUACCCGAGAGCUCUCAUAUUACCAAAACUCCUCUACCCGAACUUGAACAUCUUCCCUACCUCACGGCGAUCAUAAAAGAAGGCCUCCGUAUCAGCCACGGCUUUGUUACUCGCGCCCCGCGUAUUGCACCAAACCGGGGGUUGCAAUUCCAAGACUGGACCAUCCCGCCAGGAACCUCUGUUAGCAUGACCGCAUCUAUCCUUCACACAGACCCGGCUGUGUUUCCCGAGCCACAAAAUUUCCGCCCGGAGCGCUGGCUGCAAGAGUCCAAACCCAAAUCGCCCGCUAACGCAUCCCUAGAGAAAUAUCUCAUCCCGUUCGGCAGGGGCUCGCGCAACUGUCUGGGCAUGAACUUGGCGUAUGCGGAGAUCUACAUGACCUUCGCCUCCGUGUUCCGACGCUUCGAGCUGGAACUGUAUGAAACGACAAGCAAAGACGUAGAUGUCGUGCAUGAUUUCGUUUCGGGAAUGCCCAGGUUGGAUACUAAGGGCAUAAGGGUGGUUGUUGUGGGGAAACGGGACUGA